AUGAGUUUGAGACUUGUCGAGGUUGUUCUCAGGAACGUCGAUUGGGACUCGUGCACCGAUGCUGGUGAUGCGCUGCUCCAGCAAGCCUCUGCGGCGUGCAUCUGUGUUAUAGCCAGACUGCCGCUGUCUUUGGGCUCAAUGAGGAUGAAUGUGCUCGAUCUUGCUGUGACUUCACUGGGCGUUCAAUUCUGCCAUGAGAUUAUCUCCUUUGCGAUGGCGUCCUCACCACGAUGA